CACUACACAAGACUGUACUUUUGCACAUGUUAGAGAUCUGUGUAUCUAGAGCAGGUGACAGUGGGAGUUGGCAGUCACAUUACCUCCAGAAAGAAUAUUUGAUCAGUGCUUGUUCAGCUGACUUACUGCAUUUUGCCAUGUCAGAUUUCUCUCUCCGGGAUGUACAGAUUCUCCCUGCCACUGCCAGUAACUAUUCUGAGGUUAUGGCCAUUUCUAAUGGAAUAAAUGAUGGGUUGGAUUAUCUACCGUACAAGUAUCAUGAGUGGUUGGCAGAUUCUAAUUGGAGUAUGUUCAUAGCUAAAUUUAAAGGGAAAGUGGUUGCUUUCUUGUCUACCUUAUUGGUGGAUGGUGGGAUUACUGCUUUGCUGCAAAGUCUCCGUGUUGCCCCAAUUAUGAGAGGCCAUGGGAUAGCCGGGGUAAUUCGGGGUUAUGCUUUGGAUAACCUACGCUGUAAGAACCCUGAAGUCGGCAAAAUAAGAGUGACCAGGAAAGAAAACCCCCCUGCUGCCUUGUUGAAAAGGUAUCCUGUUGUACAUAGUAAGGCUGUUGUCUCAGUGCUGCUGCCCAACAAUCAGAUGGAGGACUCUAUCAAGGCACUGAGGCUCCGGGUGAAGAGGGACUAUGUGGGUGCCCUCCCUGUUGUUCUAAGUCCUUCAGAGGUUCUAGAUCUUUUUGAGAAUCCAUGCACUCUAGAGCAUCUGUUUCCCAAGGGGCUUCUCAUUGGGGGUUUUCUUCCUCUCUCCGCACACAAAUGCAACUUAAAGUUAUUGCUGGGAUUGGGGCUUGUCUGGAUCUACUCCAAAUCCACUAAUUCUGAUACCCCCAGUUCCUUGGGUACUCAAUGCAGCCACCCUGCCCCCACUCAUAUUAACCCCCCUCCCCAACACUCUCCUCUCCCUCACGUCUCCCCUGAGCUCCUCAGCCUGAGCAGCGCCCCAAUCCCAGUGCCAUUAGCUAAAGGCACGCACUGCCUCAAUAUUGACCUCUUUGGCACCAAUCCCAGGUUUGUACAGGGUCACAUCCUGCAUCAUUUAGUUAAGCAAAUACCAGUUCUGCCACCAGGGGGCAGUAUUAUUUGUGUUGUUGUGGCAGAAGAGACACUUCGAGGUGCCGUUACUCAUUCUUUGCAAGGGAUAACCCCUUUCCAUACAAGGAAAAACUUACUUGUUUUUGAGAUAUCCCUACAAAACCCUUAUCUGCCUCAUAAUAAAGCUAAAAUGUGAUUGGCUAGCUGGGGUUAGUAGUACACCUAGAAUCUUGUUUGCCAGGGCUAGUUGCUAGGAAUCCCCUUAGGCUCUUAUGAGCUCAUUCUGUUGGCUGUUAUCAGUAGCAGGCAAUAACAUGUAGUAAAUAUAAAACAAAUGGCUGCUUUAUUCACUAAGGAACUGAAGAAGAAUAGUGAUGAACACAUUCUUGUUGCCAUGGAUUCGCUUCAAAAUUCCACAUUUCACCACUGUCAUAUUAUACAUUGUUAUUUCAUGCUUUGCCUUUCAUUUCAUUUGUUCCCAUCUCUCCCCCCGUAGUUUCCUCAGUUUUCUGGCUGUGUUGUUAACUCCACCCCCAGCAGUAUUUUCUAAACUCCAUUUUAGUACCCACAUAUAAUUGCUGGAGUGGAUCAAAUUAUGAUCUUUUAACCUAUCUGAGUGUUCACUGUUAUCAAGAUCUUCACAGUUUGGAAUAAACUUCUCAAUGAUCUCCAA